AUGGGACUUGCCGGAACGAGACUCUCGAAGAUUGAUGUUAAUCUUCAAGGCUUCAAAAAAACAUGGCAAGACCAUAAGGGUGUGGAUCUUUUUCUAAACUCAGACACCAAGCCCAACAAGGUUAAGGACCAAAGCAGCGAUUACUCGAACACCUUGAGGUUGAUCAGCGAGGACUAUGUGUGCUUUCAUUUUUUGGCAGGAUAUUCGGUGCUAUCUCUGUAUUCUCUAGGUAAUGCGGUUGCCGGAAGAACUCUUAAUAUACACCUGCCGUCGCCUAUGUUAAAUUCACAUCACACUUUCACGAUUCGAGAGAUAAAGGGGAGUCUGGUCAUGGAGCUCAUUCUUAAUGACGGAUUGUACCUGCUUCUUACAAUUCCUGUGAACUGUGUGAUGGAUAUGAUCACUGAGAUACCCGAAAACUGGUUUAAAGUGUUAAACCCAUAUGAUUUUACCAUUAGACGGCCACACUAUAUCUACUCAGUGUCCGAGAUUUUCACAGUCGCUUUUUUGGAGGACGGAGGUCUGGUAGGACUCAGCAAAAUAGAAAAUGAAAGUGGAGAGUCAGAUGUGACUCCGGCUCUGUUCAACGACAAUAGCUAUCUCCAAGGACUGGGCAAGAUUCUUUUUUCUAGGAGGAAUGCAGUAGAGAACCAUAUUGUGGUUAGCUGCGCUUUGUACCGUGAUCGCUUUCUGAUUACCUUAACACAGGGCUGCAGACUGAAAAUUUGGGAUCUAGAGAAGCAAGCUGUAAUGUUCGAAAAACAUUUGGCUGUCGAUGAGAAGCAUGCAAAGAGAGUUUAUGAAACGAUGGGUCAAUUUCUAUCAUUACAUGAUGACAUGUUGGUGAUUUUUUUGCCCUUUGAAAACGGAAUUUUUCAAAUGUGGGAUUUGAGGCUCGAUACCAGAGGUGACCUCGUAUUGAAAGCGGGCUCCACAUACCGCAGUAAUCUGUCAUCCUCAUCUAUUUGGUCAUUGGUUGAUAUGAAGUUGACCAAGCCUAUGGGGGUAUGUGAUUCUAACAGUUUCCUGGACCUCGUGGUACUUUGGAGAAGUAAUCGCGUUGUAAAAUUACAACUUCUGGUUUUCCUGGAUGAUGCGCUUCAAAAGCAUGAAUGGAUUGAAGCCACCAAUCAAUCGUUAGUGGAUUUACGGUCAGAUUUCAAUCUUUUGACUAAUGGCGAUACUAAUCAAGCCGUCAUGAAUUUGAAAGCUCAUUAUACUCCAAGUCUAUUUAAAGUUGCUCAAAGGAUCUUGAGUGACAGUGGAGUGCUGAUGUCUCCCGACUCUCCGUAUAGUCAGGAAUAUCUUUUGAAUCUUCAGUCCAUACUCAAAGAUCUCAAAAAACGUAACGAGGAGCCAUCCUCUCUUACUAUGUACCAGGAUGGGCUGUUGUUGGUGAAUUCUCUCUCAUUAUAUUCUCACUCCUUUUACAAACCUCAUUCACUACUCGAAAGCAGUUUUUACAAUAAGGGAAUAGAUUCGAGCUCCGGUAAUGAUUUGAAGAUGUUUCUGCGAACAAUUGACGGCUUUGCGGAUACUAUCUCGCCUAGUAUUCUUGCAGAUAUUUCUCGGUCUCUGGUGGAAGCCGUUUCAACGUGUUUUCCAACUGAAAUACCUAUCAAAGAAAAGUUUACAGAAAUCUACUCUACUCACUUGAAUGGGCAUACUCAUCUGGCGAAUUUAAAGAAGCUUUAUGAGGACUUGAACCAAUUUGAUGUCAUUGCCAUACUGGAUACUUUUCUGGAGCAGACAACAGAAAUGGUUGACCUGGAACGUCCACUAAUUGAUGCUAUCUACCCCAACAGUCUAUUAAAUGCGGCCGUUAUGGAAAGUACCCAUCAAGCGAUAUUGAUUCAAAACAAUUUUGUCAUAAACAUUUUACUGAUAUUUGCAUUCAUGGAUUUCGAUUGUUCUGCAUUUUUGCGACAGAUAAAUACGCUUCUUGCUCUUCAUUAUAAGCAAAGUUUGUGGAUCCAUCUAUACCGAUUGGACAAAGAUCUUCUAGCUUCUCAAACUUUCUCGAGAACGAGCAAAUUUGGCAAAGGAACUAAAAUCAGCACAUCUGCUGAGUGGUCAUCAACUCUGGCGGUAAUCCUAAAAGAGGUUUAUAAGAUGGCUGUGUCACCAAAUCCACUCUUCAUCGAAGCAUUUGACACUUUUGUCACCUCAGGCGCCAAAAGCGCUAAGUCCUGUGAAUUGUAUUUAACGACAGUUCAACAAAAGUUUUCAAUUCAUUCCAAUGUAGCUCAUGAAUUUAUGUUGGGGUUGUCAUACUUUAUGUGUGGAAAAUACGAUAGGGCUUUUGAGUUUCUUCAGAAGCAUUCUUACCCAGAUGUACUACUUCAAGAAUUGCCCGAUAGGCUGUAUAUGCCUCUUCAAAAAGAUGGACAUUUAUGGUGUGACGUCAUUGGCUCAUUCAAAUUGCCUAAUAAGCAUUCGGCUUACUACUAUAAUCUUGCAAAGUUAUUCUCUGUUGUUAAAAGCUUUGAAUAUGCUCUACUUUGUGCCAAGAAAUCAAUAAAGCUAUCUACCGAAUAUGGAGACAUCGAAGAAACUCUUGUUUUCAGGAAUGCGCAACUAUUACAAUAUUUGGAAAUUCUUAUGGUUUUCUCAAAUUAUGAAGAAAUUUUAGAGGUGCUUAGUUGCAGCCCCGAGAUAAUCUCACAAGACGUUAAAGCUUCUUAUUACCGUAGGUUGCUUUUGAAUCUUCAACAUCGGGAUGCUUUUUUCUCCAUUGUAUUGAAGCUUUGCUGCAAUGCAGAUGGCUUAUAUUUGCCCUCGCAGGAUUAUAGUAUAUUGGAUACAAUACUAUGUGGCGAAGUAGACAACAAAGACUGGGAUACUUAUAAAAGAGUCUAUUCUUUCAGAUUAAUGAAUGGUCAAGAUCGAGCCGCUGCCGAGAUACUCUAUGAUUAUCUCCAAAAAAGUGGGGACCUUAACAAGAGAAAGCGGUGUUACUAUAUCAUCAUAAACAUUUUGAGUUCAUUCUCACAUGAAAACGAUCAUUGGAUUCUUACAAAUGGUCGCCCAGUGACAUUAAAAGAUCUGAAGGCAGAACUCGCCGUUCUAGAAGCUCAAUAA